CUCGUCUGAACCUAAUGAGCAUUAUGGGUACUUUCAACAUGGCGGUCGUUUCUGAAUUUUUGUAGUUUCUCGUUUUUGUAGAAGUUUUAUUCGAAAGAGUGAAGCUUUGAUGAGCAAGUAACACGAUUUCCAGACCUAUAAGACUCUAGUGUAGGUUAUUAUGUAGUUUUGGGUGGCCUAAGUUCGUGCGCGCGCCUUUUGAAAGUGCAGCUAGUAAAUCGUCAGGCAUCGACACAGGUUUUGUUUUUCUUGUGAUGAAGCUUUACUGAUGACACACAGGGAUGUCUGCUUCCAACCCGGGAAAACCCAAAACUUUACAGGACACCAUUCAGGACAUUGAAAACCAGAUAGCUCUGCUUGGCUCUGGUCCCAACACCGACAAAAAGAAGGAAGACCUCGCCAAGCUUAAGGAGCUUCUAACUAAAGCCAGGCAAGAACAAGCAAAGGUCCAGUUGCAGGCUACAGCAGCCAGCUCCGGUGCCAAGCCACAGCUGGUCAAGGUCCCCGUGCCCAGCGUCAACAGUAACACCUCUGUUACCAUGGCAACACCGUCUCCCGUUCUCCCCAGGCUGGGCGGCUCAGGACAGAACCAUUCAGCCGGCAGGAUCAGUCCAGAAGGCAGCCAGGUCCUAUCGAAGCGACGUUUACAAGACCUUGUCCGCGAGAUUGAUCCUACGGAGCAACUGGAUGAUGAUGUAGAAGAGUUGUUGCUUCAGGUUGCGGAUGAUUUCAUUGAGAACGUGGUGACGUCAUCCUGUCAGCUGGCUAAGCACCGUAAAUCCAACACCCUGGAGACCAAAGAUGUCCAGAUGUAUUUGGAGCGGAACUGGAACAUGUACAUUCCUGGUUUUGGGACUGAUGACAUCCGUCCGUACAAGAAGGCAUGCACUACAGAAGCUCACAAACAGAGGAUGGCCUUGAUCAGAAAGACCUUAAAGAAGUGACGAAUAUGGAGGGUCAACUUCACUUAAUACACACA